AUGUCUGGUUGCUCUCUUGCAGGGGCCAUGAAGGCCGCCCUCUUGGCGUGCUGCCUGGUGGCCGUCUGGGAGAGCCUCCCACUGUUCCUGGACGCACAGAGCUUCGCGAGGGCGCCCGAGAGCGAGUUGAUGCAUGCGCAGUGGUACGGGAGAAAAAUCUUAGAGGCGGACAUGGGCGCUCUACGAGCGGCCAAGUCGCGCUCCAGAGCGGCUCGCUCUCUAGAAGCGAGUGAUUCCGCCUCUCAAAGCCCGAAGGUGGCGUUCAUGUUCUUGUUGCAGGACACUGCCGAGCAGGAGGCUGUCUGGGACGCCUUCUUUGAGCGUGGGAACACCAGCCUCUUCAGCAUUUACGUCCACCGCAGCGUGCCAAGGUCUAGCAAUGGCAGCUUUCAGAAUCUCCCCAACAGCGUGCCCGUGCCAUACACCGGCUCCGAUUGGUGUGCUCUGUUGGGCGUGCAGGUGGCCGCAUUGGUCGAAGCGCUCAGAGAUGCCAUGAACCAGCAGUUCGUUUUCGUGUCUCACAAUGCUGUGCCUUUCAAGGGCUUUGCGCAUGUCUACGAUAGCUUGAUGGCGUCCGUGGAUACCUCCAAGUUCUGCUUCGCGACCGGGGAGGAUGCGAGAGGCGACUGCCGCUUCAGAGACGAGAAUCGCCACCGUGGGGCCCGAGUCCUGAAGCACCACCAGUGGAUCGUACUGAGCAGGAGGCACGCCGAAGCAGUGGUCGCGAACGCGGAGGCUGCGCUGUUGAAGUACGCCACGCUCCGCGACGUGCGGGCCGUGGAGUACCAGGACCCGAAGAUGUGCAGCGACGAGUCCGUGCCGCUCAUGGCGCUACUGGAGAGCUCGGAUCUGGGGGACUCCGACGACUCCCUGUGGCAGGAGCUGAGCAAGCUGGGCGUCGAGCAGCGCUGCACGACCUUCACCUACUGGCCCCGGUGCAUGGUCAACUCCGAGUUAGAGCUGCCCCUCGCAGAUGCCAAGAACACUUCUGUGCACCCACAUGCAUUCGACGAGAUCGACUACCACUACCUCGAGAAGCUCGUGAAGGGCCCUCUGCUGUUUGGCCGGAAGUUCCCGAGGGGGUCGGUGGUGACGAAAUCUGCGAGCAGAAUCCCUUUGAGCCAAGUACUCCCUGUGAUGUGGGCAAGGGCCCCACCGCAGCAGCACUUGCGUCACUUCGCCCGGCUUGAUGCUGGCAAUGGAGUGAACUCGAGGCUUUGA